GAUAUGUUCUUGUCGGACGUUUUUGGAGAACACCAUGGCUAGUGGAUACGAGGCUGUUUCGCAAAACAGACAUCACGACUCGAUUAUAGAACCGAAUAUACGCCAAACUGGCGACGACACACGCCAGACUGGCGACGAAAAACUCCAACCUGGCGACGACGAAGACCAAACUGGCGAAGGUACAGACCAGGUUGAAGAAGACACCAAGCUAGCCGUGGACACGAGGUGUGGGGUGUGGACAUUCAAGCCGGACAUCUUGCAGCCGUGUGCCAACAUCUGGAGCUUUACCUUGCUAUACAGCUUGGCGGCACUGCUGACCUCGACCUUGACCUCAUACAUAAACUCCCAGGUCACUACGCUAGAGAGACAAUUUGGCCUGAACUCCAAACAGACAGGUUUGAUCCUGGCAGCCAAUGAUGUGGGGUUUCUCAUCUGUGUGCUGUUCCUUAGCUACUCGGCUCCAAAACUACACCUCCCGAGGUCACUAGGUAUAGCGACGAUCACAUUUGGCGUAUCAGGCCUGGCCUGCUCCCUACCUCACUUCAUCUUUGGCGCGCGCACGGACACUGGUCAGCUACAGACCAACGUGACCUCUUCCAGAACUCUCUACGGUGCCAUGUGUGAUGGUCAGAACCAGACCUUCAACACAUGUGGGUCAGCACAGGACAAGAAAAGUCACAUGACCUCAGAGAACACGGCCAUUAUCUCUCUCGUCAUCAUCUUCCUGGGUAUGAUGAUACAAGGCUUCGGGAAAGCCCCGAGAACAGCCUUCACAGUGACGUAUGUUGAUGACAACACCAAUAAAAAUAACACGGGAGUUAUCGUAGGUAUCAUCGUGAGUGUGGGGAUAUUUGGACCGGCGUUGGCUUUUCUGCUAGGCGGCGUUUUUACCCGGAUGUACGUCACACUAGAAGAUACCAAGCUGACCCCAUCACAUCCCAGCUGGAUCGGUGCCUGGUGGCUGGGUUAUGUUGUGUUUGGUUGUCUGGCCCUGGCUGUGUCGGUUCCACUCUUCUGCUUCCCGAGGAAACUUCCGCAAAAGGAUUCUGACCAACAGAUGAGCCAGAUCCUCGAAACUAACAGCCCCGAUGACCACACAGUAGCAGAGCCAGCCCUAAAUGACAAUGAAGACGCAAGCUGGAAUGUUAAACUUUGCAUCAGCAACAUCCAUAAUUACAUCAAAGAUUUUUUGUCGGCGAUUGUUCGACUUUUGACCAACCCAGUGUAUAUCACCAUGGUGAUAUCAAUAUGCUGCAUCAUUUUCGCUUUUAGCAGUAGUAAUUCCUACACACCCAAAUACAUGGAGGGGAUGUUUAAUCUACCUGCAUACAAGGCCAACUACAUCAUGGCUGUCAAAGCCCUGUUUGCAUCGACGUGUGGCACAUUUAUAGGAGGGUACCUAACCAAGCGUAUCAAGAUGACGAUCAUAACGGCCCUACAGUUUUCCAUCAUCGUCAAUGUUAUCUCCUUGUUCGCAUGCGUCUUGGCGUUUUUCUUUCAAUGUCCGCAACCUGAGGUCCAUAACUGGCCGAGCACCAACACGACGUGCAACACAGGAUGUGAUUGUGCUGACAACAGCUACUUCGCCAUCUGUGGUCAAGACGGCAAGACCUACUACUCACCAUGUACAGCCGGCUGCUCAGUGGUUAUAGACGAGGUGUAUCAGAACUGCACCUGUAUUCCAGGUGGUCAAGCGACCAGCGGCUACUGUGACUACGGCUGCGACCAUAUUUACGGUUACUCCAUCUUUUUCACCAUACGGUCACUGGUUGCUACUCUCGCGAUUGUGCCGAAAUUUCUAGUCCUCAUACGGAGCGUUGAACCUCGUGACAAAGGGAUAGCUAUUGGAUUUGAAGCAUUCAUGACGGCGUUAUUCGGCUGGCUUUUGGGUCCCGUCAUCACUGGUAACGUCAUCGACGGUAUCUGCGUCAUCUGGGACGUCAAAUGUUCCACCAGGGGGCGCUGUCUGCUGUACGACAACGAGGUCUUUAACAACAAGCUGCACGGCUACAUCACAGUCGCCACCAUCAUCUCCAUCCUCUUCUUGUUCAUAGGGUUUCUCUUCGCCAGGAGGAACCCGCGUUUCCAUGACAACUUAGGUCAGGAUAACCUCACUGCCGGUGAUUUUAGUGUCAAGGGCAGACGGGAUGAAAAAAACAGAAAAAGAGAAGCUAUCAAAGAGAUACGACUCUAACUUAUACACAUUCCAGGACCAGAAAGAAACUGAUUUCUUUUUUAGUGUACUUAUUCUUCUAAAAGCUUUAGGCAAAUAAACAAAAGAAAUAUAUUUAUACACUUUGUAAAUACACUUUUGUGUAUAAUUAAAAAAG